UCUAUUCUAUGUUUGUUUACUUGAUAUUUUGUUCUUUGUUUUAAUUUACCCUCGAUAUUGAUUUGAUUCUUUUCUCUUUUUUUGGUUAACCAUUAAAUCAACUGAUUCUCAUCUAUUCAUUUUCUUAGAAAUAGAAAAAUUACCCUUGGACAAUAAUAUCAUGUCCAGUGAGGUGGCAACUGAAGUACCUUUUACAAGACGAAAACGAACAAAACUUGGACAAUAUUGGGCAACAAUGGGAUUCAUUUUUCAAAUCAUUCGUGACAUUGAUCCUAAAUUAAAGUAUUUAAUUGAUACUUUUACUCUUCUCGGUUUAAUAUGGUCAACAAAAACCAUCUUCUCACUUGCUGGAUCCACUUUGAAUGGUCUUAGAGUGUUUGUUUGGUCUCGAUUGUGGAGACUCAAUUUGAAAAAGAAAUACGGAGAAUGGGUCGUCAUCACUGGUGCCACCGAUGGAAUUGGUCUGGAAUAUGCAAGAGAAUUUGCUUCUAGAGGUCAUUCGUUGAUUCUUGUUGGACGGAACGAAACUAAAUUAGAAAACGUCAAACGUCAACUAUCAUCGUUAAUCUCAUCAAAUAAAAUCGUCACCAUUCAAGCGGAUUUCAAUGAUUCUACUCCUGAGCUUUUCAAAAGAAUCAGUUCAGAAAUUGAACCUUACACUCAAGAGAUUGGAAUAUUGGUUAAUAAUGCUGGUGUCAUGUACGAAUCUCCAAAUCGAUUCCUGGAUCAACCGGAAGACAUGUUAUGGCAACACGUUAAAGUGAACAUCACUGGAGUACUUAUGAUGACUCGAGUUGUACUUCCUGGAAUGGUUUCUCGUCGUCGCGGUCUCGUCAUCAACAUGUCAAGUAUCGCUGGUUACAAACCAUUGCCCUUGAUGGGUGUUUACUCAGCCAGUAAGAAAUUCGUUGAAUGGUUCAGUGAAACUUUAGACUACGAAUAUUGUAAAAGUCAUAAUAUCGAUGUUCAAACUUUGGUUCCUUCUUACAUUUCCACGAAAAUGGUCAAAUGGAGUAACUUCCUUCAGAAACCAAAUAUCACCACUCCCGAUGCUCGGACAUUUGCUCGAUCAGCUAUCGCUACAAUCGGUCGAUCCAAAUUUACUACUGGAUAUUGGACUCAUGGUCUUCAAUGGUUCGCAUUUGAUUGGUUGACACCAUCUUGGAUUUAUUCAUUCAUAAGUUGGAAUUACCUGAGAAAUUUAGAUUCCAGUGGUCGUCGGGCAAAAGACACGUAAUUUAGGUGACAAUUAAUCAAAGUACAUUCCAGAUCACUAAUCAUUAUUAUCGAAUUCAAUUGAAUAUAUCUCAAUACACUCGUUAUACUUUUGUGAUUAAUUAGGAGGAAUCGUGAUGAUUAACUACUUUAUCGUAAAUUACUAAAUUAAUUUACCAAUCAAGAUUCGAAUCAAAUCAAUAAUAAAGUUACAAUAUCGUUGAUUUGAUUACAAUCUAUUUUCACCGUGUCUACUUUUUGGUCACUCGAGCAGCUAAUUAAUGUCAACUAAUUUUUAAUAAGUAUAUUUUUAUACUCACACAAUCAGAAAUUUAACAAUUAAUCGCACCUUAAUACUGUCACAAAUUUAUCGAAAUGAAAAAUUAAACGAAAUCUUUUUUAUAAAAAAUAA